UCAGUAUCAAAAAUCGUGCUGUGUUUGUUCGGGCGAGUAGAAAAAGUAUGAGAAAAAUUUCAGAAGUUGUGGCUGCUGCGUAAGAAUCGCUACUGGUACUCCCUGGCAAACAGAUCUCCGUGCUCGAAAACUAAGAGGCUAAAACCACCGAUCAAGAUGGUGGAGUUCGCCUUCGACAUCAAGCACCUCUUUCCGCAGCCGAUCAUCCGGGUGCAGGCCCACUCGCUGCGCCCCAAGGUCGCCGCCACCGCUGGACGGAUUAACCCCCUAAUACCGCAUUACCGUCAGCGAAUUAACCACCAGUCGGCGGUGGGCCCCAAGUGCCAGCUCAGCCAGAUCCUGGACGCCAUGGGCCAGCUGUCGGCGGUGGCCCAGGGACUGCGUCAGCCGGUGACCACCGCCGAGAAGCUGGCGCCCGACCAGGUGGUCUACCUGAUGGCCGACCACGAGGCGGGACGCUGGAGCGUCGCCGGGCUGCUCAAGGUCGGCACCAAGGACCUCUUCCUGUUCGACAAGCAGGGCUCCUGCCGUCGGGCCGACAAGACGCCGGCCAUCCUCGACUUCUACGUCCACGAGUCGCGCCAGCGUCGCGGUUUGGGCAAGCAGCUCUUCGAGAGAAUGCUCGACGAACAGGGCUGGCUGGCCAGCAAGUGCUCCGUGGACCGGCCGUCCGAGAAGCUGCUGGCCUUCCUGGGCAAACACUACGGCCUGGUCAGCACCAUUCCGCAGGGCAACAAUUUCGUUCUCUACGAGGGCUUCUUCGAGGACACCAGCGGCAGGAUCUCCUCGGCCCGCAAUCGAAUGGCGAAUGGCAACAGGGCUCGCAGCCAAAGUCAGGGUCACCAUCUCCGCCGGACGCAGAUGCAGAUGCAGCAGCAGGUGCAGCAGCAGCAGCAGAAUUACAAUCCCAGACACCACCGACGGGACAUCCUCAACCAGGGACAGGGACAGGACUGGGACGCACCACGCACCUUCGCCAGCAUGGACCACAUCCAGGGCUCCAGGGCCAGGAGAUCCCACCACUAGGACUCCGGACUACUACUACUUAGAUGCACCUUCACACCUACACUCGUUCCCAUUUGGAGCACUCACCGCACACCAAAUUUCUAGUUGAUGUUUAAAUUUUAAAGGUUUUUAUCUGUUUUUGCCAUACAACCCAUCCAGAAAAAGACUAAACAAAAAACUACGUAAAUUUCAUGAUGUAAAUUCCAAAUGCAGUUGCGGCAAAAAAAAAUUAAAAAAUAAUUAAUAAU